ACCAGGCGAUACUGGAUGGCUUUGACUCUUGCGUCAAGUCAUGGCUGAAGACUUAGGCAAUUGAGGGUACAAAUAAUUCCCGUAAACCAUAUCCUUGCAUUUCAGAGAAAAAAAAUAGAAGAAAGGGAAAAGUAAAUGGAGGCAUGGAGUUGGCUAUGUUUGAAACGCUGUUUCACGGUUUGUUUUGCUGCCAUCUCCUUUCUUGUCGUGCUUGUUUCUUCUUCUUCUGUUCGUUCUAAUUCUCUUCCCCUCGGAAUUCACCCAUUAGAUGCCAAGUAUUUUGCUGCGGAGGUUAUCAAGUGUAAGGAUGGUUCCAAAUCAUUUACCAGAGAUCGUCUUAACGACAACUUCUGUGACUGCUUUGACGGCACUGACGAGCCUGGGACUUCAGCUUGCCCUGCAGGCAAAUUUUAUUGUAGGAAUGUAGGAAGUAUACCUCGAUUCAUUUUUUCUUCUCGAGUUAAUGAUCGUUUUUGCGAUUGCUGUGACGGAAGCGAUGAACAUGAUGGUGGCAUCAUAUGUCCCAAUACAUGCAUCAUGGGUGGUAAUGUCGAGUACAAAACUGAAAAUUAUAUUUCUACAACUACUUAUAUGGAUGCUACUAAAACGAAGGAAGUGAAGAGUGGGAUUAAUUUAGAAGAUUUGAUCCAGACAGUUGCAGGUUUGAAGAUGAUAACAGUGGCGGAAGUGGUUGUUGGUGGUUUUCUGGUUAUUAAAUGGAUAUUGUAUAAGCGUGUCAAGUCUAGGAGAAGGCAUCAUAGAUGAAGGAAUCUGAUCCAAAUCCAAUUCUUCUACUUCCAUUUUGUUUAAUAUAUUAGAACGGAUGCAUGUUGAGGAAGCCGUCUGUUUCUGACGUUGGUGCAUUAAAUUGCAUCAACUUCAGCUCGUUGCGAACCUUACAACAGAGAUUGUUCUUGGUGCACCGAUAGAUAUUCGGACAUGUAUAUAAAUCCUUCAUAGACCUUGCAAAAUAUAUGGAAAAUUUUCACUAAA